GUUCAAUUUCCGCGCCGUAUGAGCGUUAGGCUAAUCUGUCCGCUAGAGGGAUGGACAUUGUCUCGUGUCUCAUGUCCGAUGGCACGAUGUGGUCAUUUCAUCAAGUUGAUCUGUCGUAAGGCAGUUAUGUGCCUCAGCAUGGAGCACAAGAUUUCCCUAACACGUUAACCAAGUCGACGGCUUCUCUUCGCUCAUAAAGCUCGUGGCAUUGGUCCACCGUGAACCAUAUCCGUCCCUCCAUAUACACGCAGAGUAUUCUCUAGGCCUCUAUUUAAUCGAGCUUCUUCCUCCAGCCUUCAUUGAACCAGCCUCGUCUUUCACGUACCUCAACGAUGCCCCCAAUGAAACCCUACACUGUAGUCAGGUUGCUGCUCAAAUGCGCCCUAGCUAUGGCGACCCUGGCUAUAACGAUCAGACUUCUACACGAAUUUGACGAUCUUCUCAACGAACCCAUCGAGGAAUUUUCCUUGGAAAAAUACCCCUACGUUCCGCCUGACCCGAACUGGGACAGUCGAUCACCGUGCCCCGCGCUGAACGCGCUAGCGAACCACGGCUUCCUCCCACAUGAUGGCCGCGGCGCAACGCAGCGGGAAUACAUCCGUGCGCUGCGGCAGGGAUACAACCUCUCGCUCCCGCUCGCGACGUUCCUCACCGUGAGCGGACACGUCCUGCUCUCGCAGUACUCCCUCCUUUCGCUCGCGGACCUCUCGCGGCACAACUGCAUCGAGCACGACGCGUCGCUCGGCCACUGGGACACGCUCGUGACACAGGAGUACGCGCCCGACAAGCCGAGCACUUGGCUGCUCGACCGCGUGCUCGCGCACUCCUCUGACGGGGAGACCAUGACGCUGCGCGAUCUCGCGGAGGCGCGGCUCGAGCGCGAGGCUGACUACGCCCACCCGCUGGACGCGGUGCACGAGGAGAUCGCGCGCGGGGAGAUGUCGAUGGUCCUGGGCAUCUUUGGAGGGAAGGACGGGUGCGUGCCUGUGGACUGGUUGAGGGAGUGGUGGGAGCACGAGCGGUUCCCGCAAGGAUUUAAGCCAAAUCGCCAGCAGACGUUGUUUGACACGGUGCGCGGAUCGUGGAACAUCAAACAAGCCAUGAAGUCCAUGGGAAAAAAACUCGAGCAUGAAGGCCGGGAAGUAGAUGGCAACGGAGGUUCUGACUGACAGCAUACCUUAUCGCCCUAGGGUGUAUCUAUUUAGCGUAUUAGUGUAGUAGCACGGAUCCAUGUAUUGUACUUACCUCAUGAUGUAGCCUGCGAAUGAUGACAUGACGCCAUUUGCAUUGCUGGCUGAAUUAUGUUGCAGAAUGCGCAGAUGCUCUGCG